CUUAGUAGGCGCGCACGCGCACUGAUGCUUAUAUCCAUUCGGCAGGGUGGCAGAUGGUUCUGCGCAUGACUACACGUGUAUCGCCUGCUGCUGAACCUUGCUGUGCAGGAGGCCUGGGUCCGGGGAUUGCGGCAGCAUUCGGACAUGUUACCUUUCUCUUUACGGCGCUUGGCCCAGGUAAGACGUGCACACCCAUCCUUCCUAUUGACAGGGGCUGCAUGCUGGCUCAGGAACUGACUGCCAUGACCGGUGCGGGGGGCUACAGCUGUCCUGUGUAUGGAAGCAUGUCAGAUAGCAUCUGAAAGCCCCUCUCUCUAUUACCAGUGUGCCCUGAUAGUUCGAUAAAUGCAUUAUUUAUUUUCACACAUGUGACACACACACACACACACACAUACAUAUUUUUAUUUAUUAUUAUUUUAUUAUAUAUUUCAUUAUUUGCCUAAGUGUGCUUUCAGGGUUAAGCUUGCUGAAAUUCUUUCAGAUCUGGUGAGUUUGCAUGUGACUUGUUAAUAAGAAAUCUGUGAUCUAACUACAUUUUAGUAUUGAGGUUUUUUUUUGUUAAUUUGCUGAGUUUCUUGCAGACAAAUUAACCUUACUAUGUGCAGGCCUGGAGUGGCCAUGUGGCUUAGAUAACAGUAUUUUAUUAUUUUUUUUUUUUUUUUUUCUUGUUUAACAAUCAAAAUCCAUAUCUUCUUUGAACCUGUGGAUAUUAGACUAGUUUUAUUGGUGCCAUCUGCACUCAAACUUGCUAUGUUAGGAUGUUUGAAUAGUUUUUGCAAUUCUAACCUUUCAGCAUACUGAUGCAGGAUUCCAUAAUACAUUAGCAAAAUGUGCAGGUACAUUGUGUACCUUUUAGUAAAAGUUAUUUCUUUUUGCGUUCAUGUGUAUAAUUAAAACUUGAGUACAGAAUCACUUGCAGAAAAUGAAACCCUACUUUAUAUUCUACACUGGUUUUCCAUUUCUAAAGAACCAUCUCCAUAGAAACCAGAGGAAUGAUGGACUGGCCUACUUAGUUUCACUUUUAAAGUUUGCAACAGUUCCUCUUUAUAAAUGGACUCUGCGGUUACUAAUGCAUAUUCUUACAGCUUACCCUGUCUAUAACGUUAUCACUGCCUGCCCUUUUCAUGGUGCCAAAUUUUAAAUGUUGUUCUAUUGUUUUUCUUCAAACCAAUGACCCGGCAUCAUUCUAUAGUGUGAUUUCUCAUUUUCCUUGUUGAGUUGAUUAUUGUUAUUGCCAUUUAUAUAGUGCCAACAGAUUCCGUAGUGCUUUACAUUUAUAAGAAGGGGGAAUUUAGCUAUAAAUAGGACAAUUACAAGAAAACUUACAGGAACGAUGGGUUGAAGGGGACCCUGCUCAAACAAGCUUAGUCUAUAGGAGGUGGGUUAUAAAACACAUUAGGACAGAAAAUAGCAAUCAAAUAAGGUGGGAGUGAAGCAGAGCUGGAGGAGAGAGUAGAGUGCUGCCCUUUAGGAGAGAUCAACAAACAGGUAUAUAAGGUAGAGGUUACUUUGGGAGGCCAUAAGCUUCCCUAAAAAGAUGGGUUUUAAGGCAUUUCUUAAACAAUUGAAGACUAGGGCAGAGUCUGAUGGCGGUAGGCAGGCUGUUCCAUGGGAAGGGAAGUUGAUCCGUGGUAAUAUGUUAAGGCCUUUGUGGUUUCUUUGCAACGUGAAAUAAUUGUAAUCUGUUUAAGUCACGGUACUAUCCUUUGCUUCGCCACUACUAUAGGGUUUUGUUCAUUGAUAAUGUUGUGAGUUGCAGAUUUUUCUCAUUCUUUUAAAAAAAAUUUUUUUUAAUCAUAAGAGAUUUUAGUAGAGGUAAAAAAAUAUCAUAUUUUAUCUCCCUGUAACGUUAAAAGUAUUUUUUAAUUUAACGGGGAUUUCAUGUACAUGCACACAUCUUGCCUGUUUGGGUUUCAAGACAGCAUGCGGCAAUAUAAGGGUUAAUAAUAAACCCAAGAUCAGUGCUAUGUAGAAUAGAUUUGGUAUAUAGCGUUUUAUGCUCAAGUAAGCGUCUGGAAAUUGGCCCAUUAUUAUCUUUACAGAGACAUGCUAUGCUCUGCUUAUUUUAUAGUGCAAUUUUGUAUUCUUACUACCUUGCAGCUGUGUGUGCGCGUGUGUGUCUGCACACCGCUUGCUUAAAUGUCAUUUUGCAGCCACAGAUGGGUAGCCGCAGUUGAAAACUGUAUUGUGUGUAUGUUUGUGUUUUUUCCUAUUAACUUGAGUCAGUGGACCUUGAUUGUAAGUAGAUGGCAACAGAAUGGGACGGGGGAGAUAAACUGACAUUGCACCAAUCCGGUCAGCUGAACAAGUAAACACUCAAGCAUUGCAAUUAUUAUUCUACCUUGGACUUGAACCCUUUUUGAAACAAAUGAGAACAUUUGUUUACAUUUAGAGAUCAAUUCUGUCAAUAGCCUCUGCUUGUCCUGUGGAUAUAACAUACCUUUUAUGAUACAGGGCGGCGUACUAAGGACUUCCAAUAGUGCAGAGACUUUAACUUUCUGUGCAUAUAUAAAACAGCAGUUGGCAAUUUUUAUAUCAGAAAUCACAGACCAUUUCUCUUUUUUUUUUUUAUUAGGGAUAAGCAACAAGUGGAACGGUCUUUCUUUGCCUGUCUCCACAGUUUUAAAGCUGUACAACAGCUGCUGGAGUGGGGCUACUUUUUGUGCACCCCAGUGUAUAAGAACCCCUAUUGUUGCGGAUGGAAUUUCAUGGUGGUUGUGAUCAUGUCUUGUCAAGCCCUUGUCAUGAAGGGUUUAGUUGAUGUGCACUCUUAAAAAAUCUUACUAGUCUUUUGUUAGAAUUUAGUUAUUCCUUGCUAUAAAGGUUUUAAUUUUUUUUUCUUCUUCACUGUUGGGAUCCUGCCAUUAAAAUGAUAUUUUUUUUUUUUCCCUUUGAAAACUGGCAUUUGCUGAUGACGUAAAUGAUGAACCUGGUUAAUUUUUCUUUUGUGACAGCGUGGUUUGCAUUAAAUGUGUACUGAGCAAUAUCCAGCUUUAUAGCUUACCUACAUUAUGUGUGUUUUUUUUUUUCUUUCAAAUAGAUGAUAGGUUUCAAAAAAGAGAGCCAUUUAUCGGCUAUGAAGCAAUAUUUUUGAUAUUCUGCCUAAUUGCAUGAUAAUUUAGAGAAUUAGAUUUUGUGAGGGGGAGGUCAUGCUGUAGCAGAAUGUAUACCCUUUCAUUGCUGCUGGGGGAUGAUGCAAUUUUAAAACGGAUUUCGUAAUUUCAUUCAUGCUCAUACUUUCCUAUAGGUGGAAGUGACUGGCUCAUGCUUAAACUUGCAGUUAUAAGAAAAAAAUAUAUAUAUAUAUUUAUUUAUUUUUUUACUUUGUAGUGUGAAAAAAAAGAAGAAAACUUUGCCUGGUUCUGUUUGCACAAUUUCAUUGGCAAAUGAUCCUUAAUUGGGUUUAGCAUUGUACACUCUAGUAAAUGGGCACAUUUAAUGUAACUUAUGUUUUCUAUAGAUACAGAUUUUAGCUACUGUUACUUUUUCAUUAUAAAACUAGUCUCAUUUUAUUUAUUUUUGUGUGUGACAUGGGAUCUGACAUGGUGGCCCAAGGCAUUUGUUUGAUUAAACAGGGGAAAUAGAAUACAUAAAAACCUUUUUAGUUAGAGAUUUGAUGUCUGUUUUGUGUUAAGUGUCCAAUGGUGCUUGGCCAGCUUAAUAGAAAUGUAGUUCACAGCAGCUGGAGUUUGCAAACACUGAGUGAUGCAGCAAAAUUCCUUCUGGCACUUUUUGUUUUCGUUUGCUUGCCCUUUCUACACUUGCUCUUGCGCAAAUCAGUACGUGUGUGUCUGUUUAUUAUUUAGAACACUGUUCUCCAAACUCCAGCUUUCAAGAUGCUGCUGAACUAUUAUUUCCAUGAUUCUUUGAAUUAAAUAUAUAGCUAGAGAAUCAUGGGAGUUGUAGGUAAGCAACAUCUGGAGGACAAGAGUUUCACAAGAGCCCUGAUUUAGUACAUAGAAGAGCUAAUGUUACAACUCCUAGAAAGUUAAUAUUGGUGGUAUUAUUAUUAUUAUUAUUAUUAUUAUUAUUAUUAUUAUUUUGUCUGCAGUAGCGUUCUGUGUGCAUACUGGUUUCAUGUAAUGCAAUAUUGGAAAAAUCUUUUUGUAUAUUGUCAAGUUUAGAUCUGUGGGAAAUAGUGGAUAUUUUACUUAAAAUGCAAAUCCUUGAUCUUGGUGCUGUACUUCUUGUGCACAUAUUUUUAGAACAUAAAAUAGGCAUGGGUAACUUUAUAGUUGUGCAUGUGGUUAGUGUUUUCUUCUUUAGGAUCUCCAUGUCUAUUGAUUUCAAACUAUGUCAUUGCGUUCAGUACAUCAUAUGACUGACUAACUAGUAAUGGAUGAAGUUUAAUACUAGAGCUUUUGUUGACUGCUUUUCCCGCUACUUUGACUCAUCAUGUGACUUUUAAUAUCAUGUUAGAUUAGUGGACUGCAAGUGAUUUAAAAAAAAAAAAAAAUCAGACAUCACAGUUCUAGUCAUUGUUGGUUUUUAUCUUCUUCAUGCAUAAAAAAAUAAAUAAAAAUAAACAUUCUGUCUGAAGUCCAAGGUGAAGAUAAUCUGAUAAAUUUUUACCUGAUCCGGUCAGCCUCUUCGGAGACUCAGCCAUGUUCGGGCCCAGCACACAAAGACUUUAUCUCAGGCUGGAAACCAUUCAUGGACUGGACAGGAAAGUCUUGCAGAAGGUGACCCUGAAAUGUGGGAUCUCGUACAGAAAGAGAAAGAUCGGCAAUGCCGUGGGCUGGAGAUGAUUGCCUCCGAGGUAUGUGAAAAAUUGCUACUUUAUCACUUCUACAAUAUAUUUACAUUCUGCAUAAUUUCUACUUUGUGCUAACCAAAGGUGGUUUGAAAUGUAUAAACAAAAAUAACCAUGUUUGGUUUUACGAUUGUAUCUUUAUUUUAGAAUAGAGGUAGAACAAUAUUUGUAAUAGCCAAAAUGGAAUAUAAGCAUCCUUCUCACAAUAUGUAUUAUGGAGCUGCACUCAAGACAUUUAAUGUCACAUAGCACUUUUUAGGUAUCUGCUCACCACCACGGCAUCGGCCAUUUUGGAGGAUGCAGAAGCAAUUUUUAUGCAAGUAGAUAUUUCACCAAAAUAAUUAUUGGUGCAAGCACAAUAUAUGGAUUAGUCAUCCACACAUCUGCUGUACUGCUCAAAUAGCAGCACUGUUUUUAUUCUGUUCUCUUUUAUAACACCAUCCAAGUGUUAUGGAAACAUAAUUUUAACAUCCACCCUCUCCCUUUGUUCCUAUGUUAUGUGUUGUUACCUGUGUCUUGGCAAGAUGGCAUCACCAUUUUUAUAUUUUCCUAGAACUUCUGUAGCCGGGCAGCCCUGGAAGCCCUUGGUUCCUGUCUCAACAACAAGUAUUCUGAGGGAUACCCAGGAAAGAGGUAAGAGAUGUGCAGAAUAAUUACCUGAAAUGUCAAAAUUGACAUGCACUCUUUACAGUUCUAAAUGGUUUGCCAUUUUAACUUGUGCAAUUAGUGCAAAUGAGGUCAUGUAAAUAAAAGUACUCCUUAAAUAAAGGAGAAUGGAAGUCCGGAUGUAACUAGGUGUGUGUGUGUGUGUGUGUAUGUAUGUAUAUAUUAAUUUUUCUAUCUAUCUCAUAAUUUUGUUUUAUUUUUAUUUUUUUCUCCUUUUAAAGUUGCAUCAGUAUUUGGCAUGUAUUUCACUUAUAACGUUUAAUUUAAAUUGACCUUCUUAAAGAUGGUCUGACCGUUUGUCCUAGACCAUUUUUCAUUCCUUCACUCACAUAAAAAAAAAAACCCUCCUUAAUGUAUUUAUUGGGGAGAACAGUACAGUACACAUUGCUUCCAUGUCCAUUUACAGUAUCUUUCCAUUGUGCUCUGUGCUUGUUCAAACAUCUGCAUAGAAAAUGCUGUAUAAGAACAUAAACUGACGAGCACACAAAACCAGGGGUUGAUGAAGUCCAUUUUCAUCUUGUGCUGGAACUAAAGUAAAUGAUUGAAUUGUAAAAGGGUUGGGUUUUUUUUUUUUUUGCUUUUGGUAUCCCACAGACUUUUAAUCCAAACUACAGUUUGUUCCUCUUCCAUAAUUUUUCUUAUGACACUGUAUUAAUUGGCUUGGUAAAUAAUGACCUAUUUGAUACUCCUAUUAUCCUAAUAAUUUUUUUUUUCUGUGUAAUGUUUUCCCUUUAAAGGUAUUAUGGUGGAGCUGAAGUUGUUGACCAGAUAGAGUUGCUCUGCCAGCAGAGAGCACUGGAUGCCUUCAAUCUGGACCCAGAAAAAUGGGGAGUGAAUGUACAGCCUUAUUCUGGUUCCCCAGCUAACUUUGCAGCAUACACCGCUCUCCUUCAGCCACAUGAUCGCCUCAUGGGACUUGAUCUUCCUGAUGGAGGACAGUAAGUAUGCAUAGAGACUAUAUAUCUUGAAGAUACUGACCAUCUAUGCAUCUUCAAUGAAUUCAUUAUACAGAUACUGCAUUAAAAUGAUACAAAAAACACUUCAUAUUCAGAACUCCCAUUCAAAAUCUUUCUGUUCUCUGGGGUCUGAUCCUACCCCAUAACCUCCUCUACAGCAGGGGUUUAUGUGAUGAGUAGUUACAUGUUGAAUGGAAAUUUUCUGACAAUUUAUAGCCGUCAUACCACAACUGUUAUCCGGUUACAUCUAGCUAACUGUUUUUUGUGCAGUUAUCAAUGGGAGGCGAGAGCUCAUCCAGUUUGUGUAAAGGAUGAACACAAUUAACACAGCAGUAGUAAGUUUUCCAAAUUGCUGCAACUCUAAACCACCAUCAGAGCUGAUUGCAAUUGCAGGCUUUAAUACAAAACUGGGUAUAGUGAUAACGUGGCAACCACACAAGUUCUUAAAUUGAUAAAGACACAUGGUGUGGUUGAAACGUUCUCACUCUGUAUCCCAUUUUGUAUAAAAAGCGUGCAUUUUCCAUCUGAGGUGCUCUGAUCCUGUAUUUGAACAUUUUUAUGCUCAUCAUGAUUUAGAAAGCAAUUCUUGGUUAAAUAUAGAUUGCUUUCUUUUUUUUUGUCAUUCAAGGUUUUUAUUAAGGUCAUUCAAUAGUUACAGAUGGGGUGUGAUCAUGUACGUGUCAGAGUACAGUGUUAUGUAGUUCAGCAUGGUAUACAGUUUGAGAGUGUACGAUACAUGCAUGGUGCAUUUCACGUCUAACAUUGUUUGCUAAGAGAAGCUUUUCCAGUUGGUAAGAUAUUUAUGUGGUUACGUUACUUUGUAGGGGUAUGUUGUGGUUCGCAACACUUGGGUCCAGUGAGGUUGGCCUUUCACUGGGGUUUCGAAUAGGAAGCCCUAGGCCUAGUGUUUAGGGGUAAGGAAGGGGGACCUGUGGGCGGCAGGGGGGUGCAUAUGUUGGUUGUGCAAUUACUUGUCUCUGCGUUGUUUCGUCCCUGGCAGGCUGUGUGUGGCCAGAGCCGCCAGGAGGAGGGCGGGAAGAUAAUAAUGAAGGAUAGGGGUAAGGAGGGAUGGAUGGGUUCAGGGUAAGCAGUGUGGAGGGUUAGGGGAGGAGGUCCAGGCCCCAUCCCAGCUCCCCCUGCCUCCGGCCAGGGUGGAGGUGAGCUAGUGGUACCAGGUAUUGUGAUAUCUCUGUAUACGUCCCUCCGCCGAGAGGAUGAGCUCCUUAAUGCGUCUGAUGUCAUCCACUCCAUCAGCGUCGGGUCCGUGGGUCUUUUCCAAUGUCCCGGAAUUAUUAUUUUUUUUUAAUUUGUUCACAGUGAUUGUGGUCAGUUGGAGGUAGGUUUCAGGUGUGAGUUGUAGGUUCGCGUCCGUUACGGUCUCUAGGGUUGUGUGGAUUUCUUCCCAGAAGGGUUUGAUAAGUGGGCAGGUCCGCCAAAUAUGGAAGAGUGUUCACAGUUCCCUCCUGCAUCUCUUGCAUUCUGGUUCACAGGUGGCCUUCAUUACUGAUAGUUUCUCUGGUGUGUUGUACCAAUGUGAGAUCAUUUUAUAUCCUGUUUCCUGGAAUUUCGUGGCUAUGGAGGCUUUGUGUAUGAGUGUGAACACUGUGGUCCAUUGUUCCCCGGUGAGUGCGUGUCCUAGGUCCUUUUCCCAGUAUCUAGUGAAGUAAGGGUGAGGCGCAUCGGUGGAAGGUGUAAUUUGUAGGCGGUAGAGGAAUUAGAUUGUGUGCGGUGAGGUUGGGGGGUUCGUGCAGAUGACUCAGCAGGUAGAGAGCAUUCGUGAUGCUGAGUCCAAUCUGGGUAUGUUCUUCAGGAAUCUCGUCAAUUGGUGGUGUCUGAAGCGGAGUGGCCAGCUAUGUGGGGUGUUCGGAACCAGGUCUCCCAGAGGCGUGAUCGUGCUUUGUUUGUAUAUGUCCUUUAGCCUACAAGGGUAUGGCAGUCCCAGUGUCAUGGCGUAGCGAGGAUCUGCCGCCGGAGGAAAUCUUGGGUUGUGAAAUAGGGGGCACAGAGGUGAGAGCUCCGGGGCUAGGUCUCUACGCGGUGCUAUGCGCCUCCAGACAGUCAUUGUGGCGUUUAGGGAGUUCGCCGAUCAUGGCUUUUGGAAAGAUAGGGGUAUUUGUGAGAAGCUUGCUUCCAUCGGGAUCCAAAGUUUAUCUUUCGGGUUGUGUGUCCAUUCGAUCAGGCGCUGGAGAUGGACGACCCACCGAUAUUUAGCCAGGUCAGGCAGUCCCAGUCCCCCGUGCUGCUUGGGUUUUGUAAGGGUGGCGAAGUUCAGUCUUGCUUUUUUGUGGUACCAUACAUAGUCUGCCAGUAUCUGUCGGGUUUGUGUGAAGAGGGUUUUGGGGAUGUGUAUUGGUAGGGUUUGCAGGAGAUAUGAGUUGUGGGAGUAUGUUCAUUUUAAGUACACUGAUCCUCCCUAGCCAUGUAAUGUGAGGGAGUUUCCAGGUGUUCAGGUCUUCUUUUUUUUUUAUCUGGUCGAGGAGGGGCAGGAAGUUCAUUCGGAAAGUGUCUGAGAGGUCUGCCGAUAACCAGGUCCCCAGGUAUUUGAUUGCCUCAGUACACCAGUGGAAGGGGAAGUCAUUUUGCAGCGUGGUUACCAACGUUUGAGGGCAUCCCAUGUUGAGGAUUUCCGAUUUUGUGAAGUUUCUUUUUAGGUUUGACAGUGUGCCGUAUAUGUCGAAUUGAUGCAUCAGCUCUCUGAGGGAAGAUGCUGGGUUGGUAAUAGUAAACAGGAGAUCGUCCACACAUGCAGAGACUUUGCUGACUCCCCAUCUGCCUCUGAUCCCAGAAAUGCCAGGUUGGGUUCUAAUGGCGUUAAGGAACGGCUCCAGGCUGAUGACAAAGAGCAGGGAUGACAGUGGGAACCCCUGUCUCGUACCUUUUCUAAUCUCAAAUGGAUCCGAGAGAAUUCCGUUUACUUGUACUCGGGCAGCCGGGUUGGUGUAUAGGGCCAAUAUCCAUGCCAUCAUGUGUGGUCCCAUCCCAAGGUGUUCUAGUGUGGUCAUCAGAAAGGACCAGUCAACUCUGUCAAAUGCAUUCUCCACGUCUGUUGAAACCAGCAGGGUGGGCGAUGAUUCCUUCCUUGCCGCGUGGAUCAUAUUGAGUGCCUUGAUUGCAUUGUCUCUGGCCUCCCGUCCCUCCACGAAUCCCACCUGGUCAGGGUGGAUGAGAUCUGGUAGUAAGAGUAGGAUGCGUACGGCCAGGAUCUUGGCAAAUAGCUUGAGAAUGGCAUUUAGCAGGGAUAUCGGUCGGUAGCUGGUGCAUGAGGACGGGGUCCUUUCCUUCUUUCGGUAUUACCACAACAAGGUAUAGAUUGCUUUCAAGUCCCCUCAUCCCUCCAAAUGUACUACCACCAAUUUUAUAUGUUUGCGAAUAGAUCGUGGAUUGUAGUGGAAACCUAUGUGUUCAGCAUGCUUUUGUGGUAAUGGUGCCAGUUUAGUCAAAUGUAUUAUCAUUACUCUGACUACAAACUUUUUCUAAAUGAUUAUCUGCAUACCCUUCAUCUUUUAUUUACAGUCUUACUCAUGGAUACAUGUCUGACGUGAAACGCAUCUCUGCUACCUCAAUAUAUUUUGAGUCCAUGCCUUAUAAGUUAAACGUAAGUAUCUCAUAAUGCAAGUGUUUUAAAUACAUCUAAUUUUUUGACGUGUCUUCUUAGUGAAUGUUCCUAGUUUCAAGGUUCACAAUAAUUAAAUGAUGAUGUUACAGUGUACUGCAUUUGCUGUUCUACCUUUCAACCGAAUUACAUGUGUGCAUUUAAUGUUGAGAAAUAUUGUGCAGACGUGUGAGGUAAGAAUCAGAUGAUCUAUUCAGUCAUCCGGUCUUACAACUUAUGUUUUUGUAUAAACAUCCAAGCGUUCAUUCAUUUGUUUGAAAUUGUAAAACCGUUUUCUAAUCCAAAUGUGAAUACAUGUUGUAGUGUGUAGAAUUACGGGUCUUCUGAUGGUUAGCUGCCUUUAUUGUAGACAAGUUGAGAAAAUAGAGUGUGGCUUUCAAUGUUUCGGUCCACACUUCAGAAUUUUUUUUUUUUCUUAACAGCGAUUUUGUGUUUACUGGUCAGGUCUUAAAUGGGAUGGAAAGGGUGACUUAAUUUAAUAUGCACACCUAAAAUAUAGUGUGUGUGUGCUACGUACUGAUGUUGGAUCACAUUGGGACUACCGUCACAGUUAGGCAGGUAAAAACAGAUGACCGUUUUUAUAUAUAACAUUUCUCUUCGAUGGACUUGGUUACGCCACUAUUUGAUAUUUGUCUAGGUGGCAAGACCUUUUAGGUAAGCUAUGAGGAAAUGUCAAAUAAGGUUUAAGAUUGAAAGUACAUGAAAGAUAUAUGUUCAGAAUCCAAAUUGGAAGGGACUGUGAAAGAACAGGCAAUAAAGUGAAUGCUAAAAAUUACUAAUAAAGUCAAUCUAAAUAGAAAUACAGUCAGGUGAAACUAUAUACUUUUUCAGUUAAAAACAGGCAAGCCAUGUACAUAAUGUAAGACGAUGAAACAAAGUAAACAGACAUUCACAAUUUAAUAAAGCACAGAAAAUAUGGUAGUAAAUGGAUAACGAUUGUGAUGUGCGUUCAAAUGGUCUUCUAGAACACCUUAUUUUGGGAGGGAGAAAAUAAGUCGUCCCCUCCCCCCCCACUUCCCCCAUCCCUUUAGUAUGAAGGUAUGUAUAUAUUACACAAAAAUUUAUAUUGUGUAUAAAUUCAUUGGCUUUGCUGACUGUUAAUCAUUAUGGUUAACCGUGAUGGGACAUGUACUUAGCCCCUUCAAGUGCUGCAGAACAUCCCUGUAGUGUGCAGAGCCCUUGCUGACUGGUUGCUAGUCUCAAAAUUUUUACAUACAAAAGUGCAUUCUAUUGUACUAGUAGGGAGGGGUUGCCGAAUGUCCUUUACAGUCCCUCUGCAUGUUGAGGGACAGACUGAUACUCUGGCAAUGCAAUAUAUAUAUAUUUCAGAGCAGUUACACAAAUGUUGGUUUUGUGUAAAAGCACAUAUCCAAAGCCUUCAAACCUUGGACAGCUGUGAUAAAUUGUGAUUGGAUUAGUAUGGCCGUUAUUGUGUGCUGUAUGAUGAGUUUCUUUUAAUUAAAGUAAGGAAGACACCCAAAUCCUUACUGGACCCUAGCUGCUAGUGGUUAGUGCUAGUGUAGUGGUUCAGUGGCUGAGAGCAUCUCUUUGUGUUGAAAGGGAAGGGGGGAGUUAAACACAUCUACAUACUAUAACUUGUAUAAGAAAAUAGAGAAUUGCAUUAUUUUGAUGGAUCAAGUGUAUUCUUUGAUUUUUCUGAUGCAAUAAGCAAAUUAAAUCUCUGUAGGCUUGCUCUUCCCAACUUGUGAGGAGAGACGCUUUUCCAGAUGCGCAGAUCCUGACUAACAUGUUUGCUAAUAGACUGCAUCUGUACAUGCCACACUUCAUUUCUCUCAAUCAAGCCUGCUUUGUUCUGGAGCAAUAGGCAGACAACAAUGUUUGCAAACAAUCAGUCUCCGUGGCUUAAUGCAAUAGAAAAGGGAAGCAGGCUUUUACUUUAGAACCAAUAUGAACAUGCAACAGCUAAGGCAUUAUAUGUAACAGAUAAGAGGAUUUGGGAUCAACUGUGCAUUUUUAGAGUCUGAUUCCUCUAAAAGUUAGUUUGUGUGCUUUAUUUUAAUUUUAUUUUUUUACAUUUGCAGUAACUGAUAGACAUUUACCAAACCAAGUAACUGCAUGUUUUAGUUCUAAAUAGCUGUGAUCGAAAACAAAUUACUUGGAUAAUCUUUUAGUUACUAUGCCUGCCUUACCCCCAAUUUCUAGUUUUAGUGAAUAAAUCCCCAUUGUAAUGUGUUUUAAAACAUAGUGUGAAUUUGGAACUUGGUUUGUGUAAAUAAAAUGCUGCUUUCUUGAUCUAAAUUACAUUCUGUAAAUAAUCCCAUCUAUUGGCUGUGCCAAUUGAAAUGUCCAUCUUUAGCCGUUUUAAAAUGCAAAAUAUUUGGAUAAAUGUUCUAAAUAGAGCAGGAGGUGAUGACUUGUUCAUUCACAACAUAAUUUUGUGCUAAAUGCGCUCAAGGCAAAAUUGUAUUUCUAUAGAUUAAAUAAUUUCCAGAUGACCACUGAAUUUAACAUAUACUGCAGUUUAAUUCCUAUUGCACAUGGGUUUUUAGAGGCGCCUCAAUCAUGAAUUUGCUUGGUUCUAUUAAACUUCCCUAUGUGAAGAAUGAAGAGGGACUCCAUGGGAUCUCAAUCCAUCUCUAACCAUACAAGUGACAUUUUGACAAGCAAUAUAAGAAAUGAGGGUUUGUUAAGCCAAUUAAGAUGUUUAAUAAUUUUUCGAAUAGAAGAUAUGUUUGCACCUCUUAGACAUUCUUGAUAUUGUGGAUCGAUUCCAUCCCAGUCGCCCCCCAUGCCAUGCACCUUUUAAGCCAGCAUAUUUAGUCAUAAUGAAAAGGCAUUGUUUACAGCAUCGAGUAUUUGAUUGUGUGUCUUCACUUGCAUUUGGUUUUGUGGAUCUUACUGACCCAAAGUAUUCCUCUAUCCUUGCUGAGAGCUUAUGCUUAAAGUAGAUAUCGGUAAAAAAACAAAAACCUGAUAGUAAUUGCUUGCAGAGAGAGAAUUUUAGAAAUUCUUUGAAUGCUCAUAAAGUCUCUCUCUAAAUAAAAGGCUUUCACUGUAAACAUGAAGUUUCUAAAUAAGCCGGACAGUGGGGCCAUUUGGUUCUUACCUGAUCUGUUCCCACAUUUGAUUUUUAUUGGCAUUAUUAAAUGCUGAUAUACUUAUUUUGAGCUUAUCAAUCAUUCUACAUUGUAAUUUUUUUUAUUUUUUUUUAUUUAUUUUUUUAACCCUCCUGAACAUUUAGUUAUUUUAAUGAUCAUUUUGGGAGCAUCUCUAAUAUUCGUGCUUCCAGUUAAAAGUACUAUAUUUGAUCCUUUAUUAAAAUAUAUGCUUUAAAAUCUAAUGAAGGAAUCUGACUCUGCAUAUAAUGUGUAUUCUAAUUUUGCGCUCUAAUGCUUUAACACGGCAUUUUUUUUUAACAUUGUCUCUUUAUUUUAGCAAGCAACAGGACUAAUUGACUAUGACCAGCUGGAAAUCACUGCACGUCUUUUCCGGCCAAAGCUUAUCAUCGCUGGAACAAGCGCAUAUGCACGCCUGAUUGACUAUGCCAGGAUGAGAAAGGUAUGUAGUCAGUGUUCCCUUGUUUCUCUGAAAAGCCAUUCACUUUAUCUGUCUAACCAUUUGAAUAUGAUUGGGUUGUUUUAUCUGGUGGGGAAAAAAAAACAUGCAUAGUUUGUGUUCAUGUUUUAGUUUAAAUUUGUCAUCUAAUGUAAUUAAGGUGAAACCAGAAAUACCUGUGUGACUCUCAUCCAGACAGUAAGUGGUGAAGCCAGGAACGAGCCUGCUACCCUCCUGUUUCUAUUAUGUAUCGUUACUUGAAUUUGUGCGUUGUAAUGAAACCAUUUAACCAUUGUGACCUGUAGUGCCUCAUUUGUUCAGGGGGAUUGUCCCAGCACAUUAUUUUCAUAGCAUAAGAACACACUGCUCUGUAUGGUUGUGGAGAAAUGUUAAAGGGACACUAAAGGCACCAAGACCACGUCAUCUCAUUGUCCCUGUCCCCUUAACCAUGCAAUGUAAAUCAUUGCAUUAGGUUCUCCCAUCACUGGAAGAGGAGACCAAUCCAGCACCAAGGGAACUUGGGGCUGAAAAGUGGUAAGUGAAAGAAGGGGUUAUUAUAAUCACACACAAGAGGCUCCUGCAGGAUCUAGAAGGCUAUUAACAGAGCAGGCGAUAAGAGAUUCUAAAUUGAACAAUGUGCAAUAAAGGAAGUUUAAACAUUAGAUCUCUAGGGCAAUGUAAGUCACAUGAAGAAUUGUUGCUAGGGAUGCAUAAACAAAGUGCCUUGACUGCAAAUGGCAGAUAACUGAGCAGUGAGACUGCAGGAACAUGAUCUAUACACCAAAACUGAUUAAGCUAAAGUCAUUCUGGUGACUUUAAUGUCUCUUUUAAGUAUGACUUUAAAUCUGGUGAAAGGGGAAAAAAACUCAAAACCAGACAAAAAUAAGCAUCUUAUAUCAUCACAAUCCGUAUAUAACUAUCAAUUAUGUAACAAGCUAAAUAAAGAUAUUGUGUACAAUAACCCAAAUUGUAAUGAAUCAUGCGUGGCCCUGGAAUCAGCUAAUUGAAAAGAGUUGAGCUUUUUGUGGUUUUGUUGGGGAGUGGGAGCGGAGGGACACUAUAUAGUGUUCCUUUAAGUCAUGGACUAAAACUCAUGGUAAAUCACAAAAGGGCGAUGGUACUCACAUGCAGAUGAAGCAUCACGCGUGAUCCAAAUUUAGUUUUAUUAGAGUUAAACAGUAUUUAAGGGUUUUUGCUUGAUAAAAGCUCUUUUUAUAGGGAUGAAACUUCACUAUUUUGCUCUAUAAAACUAUUUGGACCAUACGUGUGCUUAAAGGACCACUAUAGUGCUAGGAAAACAUACUUGGGUUUUCUGGCACUACAGGGUCUCUCGCUCCCCCUCCCACCAGGCUCUAGGGGGUGGAAGGGGUUAAUCCCUUUACCUUUUUUCCCUGCUGGGCUCCCUCGGCGCGGGAAACUCUCCUCCUUUUUGCCGUCAUCGGCUGAAUGCGCAUGCGCGGCAAGAGCCGAGCGCAUUCAGCCAGUCCAUAGGAAAGCAUUCUCAAUGCUUUCCUAUGGACGCUGGCGUCUUCUCACAGUGAAAAUCACAGUGAGAAGCGCGGAAGCGCCUCUAGCGGCUGUCAGUGAGACCAACACUAGAGGCUGGAUUAACCCUAAUGUUUCUCUGAAGCUGCUAUGUUUACAGCAAAAAGGGUUAAACCUGGCACCCAGACCACUUCAUUAAGCUGAAGUGGUCUGGGUGCCUAUAGUAGUCCUUUAAUUGGAUUAAAACUCCUGACCGUGUCUGUUUGUAACAGAGGAAUAAAUCAUAAUAUCUCAUAUAGUACAAUGUCUGCUGCUCUUAUUGUAUUGAAUGGGGCUGUGCCCUUCUAAGCCAGAGAACCAUGGGAAAAACUUUGGGAUAGUACAUUUACAGAAUAGAAUGUAAAAUGUCUAUGCAAUAAAUCAGAUCUACCUUUCUUGCAUUACUUAACGCUUUCUAUUGAAAAGGGAAAUUAUCUGAUGUACUUGUUAAGGAUGACUUUCCACUCUUUAACCUGCGUAGAUAUUACAUUUAUACAGUUCUUCUGGUUUGGAAUGUGUGAGAAUGAGUAUUUUAAUUUUAUAAUGUUGGCAAACUUGGCCUAUGAUAAGUAGAUCUUUGACUAGCUCUUGCAUCCUUUUUAUAGCUCUUAAGGAGCUAAGCCCCCUUUAUUUGGCUGCUGCUCCUUUGCUGACUUUAUCUUACUCGGUGAUCUUUCCAAUAUUGCCAUUCUGCAAACAUUUUUAUUAAUGUCUUCUGUAUUGGAAAUUCUUUAAUAUCCUGGAGUAAUAAAAGUAGCACAAUAUUUUUCACUGUAACAAUAAAUUGCAGUUUGCUGACCAACAAAAUUUCAAAUAUGUAUGCGCAACAAAUUAAAGCUGUACUGUCUAACCGUGACACUUCUCAUCUGUUUCUUACUAAAAACAUAAGACAAAGUAGGGACUACUUUGUCUUGUGUAUUUUUCCUACUCCUGACUUUCUUAGACAUUAGGCUACUGCCGUUUAUAAGUGACAGUCUCCCCAGCUGUCAUCCGUGAUGGCUACAGGGAAUUGGCUCUGUCUAUGGAGAAUCCUAUGGAAUUCUCCAUAGACCUCAAUGUUGUACUAUUGAAAUAUCCUCCAGUAGAUAAAGGAUAUGAGAAACACCGUACCUGGGAACCUUUUUAAAUUUUCAUUCCCUGAGUUCUUCACACUCCAGAUAAAAAUGGGGGAAACUGUCUUUAUGAAGGGGACACGGCUGGCUUUAGAGUUCAUUUCAUUAUAACCUAUAUCAGGUAGGCAACCUUUGGCACUCGUGAUGUUGUGAACUACAUCCCCAAUAAUGCUGGCAAAGCAUCAUGGGUGGUGUAGUCCAAAAAAUCUGGAGUGCCGAAGGUUGCCUAUGCCUGACCUAUAUAAUCUAUCAGACCUCAAAAUUUCCACUAGCCAUUGGCAAAUAAACUCCCUGGUGAAUAAAAAUUAAGCCCUUGUGAGUAUGCAAUGGACUCUCCAAGCUUGCCUUUACGGCCUAAUUAGUAGACCUAACACUUGAAGUUUUAAGCCCUGUAAUAUACAUAGGUAACUAUUGCGCUUGGAGAGUUAUUUUCCAUAAAUGUCAUUUUUCAGCUCAUCGCUAAUGCCUUUCCGUACUCUUUGGAUUGUGAUUCUGCUGUUGUAUAACUUUAAAUCGAAUCAGGUUAUCUUCACUGUGAACCUGGGAGAGAAAUCCAGGUUUAUACAUUCUUAUUUAGUUCUGCAAAUGCUGCUCAGACAGAGACAACAGAAGGUGCAGCAUCUUGGUUGGUUUAGUCUAGCGUUAUCCUGAAACCCUUUGGGGAUAUAUCAUAAAAUGCAAGAAAAGGAAAUGUUUAGCUAUUUUAAGCAAACCCUUUCCAGCCUGAGCACAAAAUUAAGUUGCGUUGAGAGUAGAAAAGCUUGAACAGUCUCACCAAGGGAGCUACAAGACCAGCUCUUCUCCUGAGGAUGAAUUAGGGCUGAAUUUACAGCUGAGGCAUGAAAGUGUAAUUGAUCUCUACUCGAAAAUGGUAAACUAGAACAUUUUGUUAAAGUGAUGAUUUGCAGGUCUUUUAGAAAUCUGUCAAACACAUACUGAAAUGUCUUGAAGUGUGUAAUGGGGACACCUGCAGUAAAAGUGGAGGUCGUUCAUUAUUCCAUAUUCUUCAGGGACACUAACUUAAUCCAGUCCAUUUCUAGCCUUGCAUGCAGAGACUGUGACUGGGGUUCUAGUCCAGGACACGAUUACGUAACGGAGCAUGUUCCAGCCUGGGGAGUGCUAAUCAGAUCUUUCUCAUUGCAGGUGUGUGAUGACGUGAAGGCUUAUUUAUUGGCAGACAUGGCCCACAUAAGUGGCCUUGUAGCAGCUGGAGCCAUUCCAUCUCCUUUUGACCACUCUGAUGUUGUCACCACCACGACGCACAAGACUCUACGAGGAGCCAGGUGAGAGAUUUUUUGCUAUUGUCCUUGUUCUAUUAUUUCUCAGACAGGUAGACCAUGUCUUAUUUCUGGUUCGCUUUUUCACCACUCAUUGGUUAAUUUACAGUGAUGUGUCACGUCCCUCCCCGACCCCCCCCGCAUAUAACUCUGUUCAAAUGGCAGGCUGCUCUAGGUUUAGAUGGUUAUGGAAAAAGGCAGUAGGGGUAAACCUGGCUCUAGAAAUUACUUUAAACUCAAUGAAUAUCACAAGGAAAGGUACCGUUGGUUCCACUUUACAAAUAAGCAAGUCUCAGUUAUUGAAUAGCUAAAUAAAGCUGACAGCAGGUAUAUUGGUUAUACCGAAAAGGGAAAUCAUUUGGGGAGAGAGAAUUUGUGUGUGCGCAUGCACACUUGCAACGUACAUGCUCAGCCAUUAUUCCUGUGCAGUAUACAUUUCUGCCUGCACAGUGCAGCUUAUUACCAUCUAUAAAGCGCCAACAAAUACUGCAGAGCUGUACAAUGGAUGUACUAACCGAUAAGUAUUUGUAGCCAGAUGAGUUGAAUACACAGGUUAAGGGUCCUGCUCAAAAGGGCUUACAGUCUACAGGCAGUGGGAUAUAGGAACACAAAAGGCAAGGUUAGGGUAGAAAAGUAGCUGAUACCGCAUUCUUACCUGUGCAUUGUGCAGAUGGAGUGACCAGGUGGUGACAGAAUAUGCAUAGAUGUCCAGGUCAGCGUGAGGAAGUUGCAUUUAUCGUGUCUAUUACAUCUGUAGUACACAAACAGGUUUUAUAGUGUGAGAUAGAUACUACACAACCCCAGUUGUGUGCCUAUCCAUGGCCUUUGUGUAAGGGGAGUGAAUCACUAGUGUCUGACAGAACACAUAAACUGUGUAGCAAGAGUCUGUGAACAGUUCUUUUAUUUAUUAAUUUUCUUCACAAUCCUGCUUUGAUAACAAUUGCACCAUAUAAAUCAGAAAGUCUGUGUACAGUCAGUCAAUAACACAAAAUGGCAGAUAGUUAUGUCAGUUGGCAGAAUACAGAGGACUGUGUGUGUUUUUUUUUUUUUUUUUUAAUCUGUCUGUCAGUCAAACAUUGUAAUAAAAUAAACAGAUGAACGGUAUUGCUACACUUGUCUGCGGUUUUAGGAGUAGUGAUAGAGCUAGUAGGUCGGGAAGUACGUAGAUGCCUCUACAUUGAUCAGCUUUUUAAGAGACUUAUGGUAAUAAACCGAUAUAUAGAGGUGCUUCUCUUCCCUCCCCCCUUCCCUCCCCCCCUUAGGUAUGCUUGUUAGGAUAUAUAAAAUAGAUAUGCUCAUGUAAAAAUAAAAUAAAAGGGAGGGGGUGGGAGGGAGGGAUGGAUGCAAGACAAGCCCCUCCCAUAAAUAUCUGUGCCUGUGAGAACACAAUUAUCUCCCAGGCACAGAGAUUUAUGGAAGGGGCUUGUCUUGCAUUGAAUGGCGUCCUCAUGCUGGGGACUGUGUAUAAAAGCAGGCAACUUGGCCAUAAUAAACCAGUUCCUUUACACCAGGCUUCCCCAAUCUCUGGCCCUCCAGAUGUUGCUGAACUACAACUCCCAUGAUUCUAUGAAUGAAAUAGGCUGAGAAUCAUGGGAGUUGUAGUUCAUCAACAUCUGGAGGGCGGUAGUUUGGGGAAGCCUGCUUUACACUCUUCACUCAGUCUGGGCUAGCGUUUGUGUGCAGGAGAGCUUAAUCACUUGAAGCUGUACCCAGGACCCUGUUCUAUGGCGGAAAGAAACUGAGUGACCCCAGCCAAGCUGCAGUGGCUAGGGGCUAAAGCACUCCUGUGUCCUGGAGUAGGGCUAGAAAGCGAGAUUGAUGGAGGUACCCAGUCAGGGUGCCAGUUGGUCCCUGACAUAUGUAGUCAUUAAAGAUUUCAAUGACUUCAGUUUGUCUUUGGGACCCUAGAAAGUAAAGUUUUUGCAAGCAAUAUUUUUGUUAAAUUUUUGGCAUAUUUGCCAGUAGAAUAGAUGUGCAAUUGAUUAAACUGUGUUCCAUUCUAGAAAACAAGACUUAAAAUAUGCUAGCUUUGCAAUUGUCCUAGUUUUAUUUAUAACAUAGUUGUUUGUUUAUUUUUUAAUUUUUUUUAUGUAUAUAAGUAUGUGUAUCUAAUGGAGGAUACAAGCUGUCAUGUCCCGUGAGAUCAGAUGUAAGAGAAAUCUCUGUUCUAAGUGCUUUAAUUUUUUACUAGAAGAUGUGAACCUAUGAAUCACUGACAUACUGUAGGUAGGACUAAAACGUUUAAUAUUACACAAGUUCAAAAAUGGUCUGGGCGUGUGUAAUUACACACUGAUGUGCUUGGGAAUGUAGUGUGCAACUGGCUUUUUUUUUUUUUUUUUUUUGGCCCCUUUACUUCCCCAGGAAUACCCUGAGCUUUUGUAAACUGUCACUUGUGUAAAAAGGAUUUGCCUUUAGAAAUAUUUUGUAGCAGAUCAAACAUGCCAAUUUAUUUGGUUGAUCUUUAGCGGAGGGGGGGAGCAACAAUUAUUUAUAUAACUGCAUUACAAGCAAGUCUCUCUCAUUUGUGCUGCCAUGCCAGGUGUACUUCACUACGAAUGUCUCCCUUCACAGUAAAUUGACUUAGUGUAGUGUUUAUUUACAGAUUACAUGCAUUUUACAGGGUGUUAAGGUACCUAGCACAGAUUGCUGUGCAUGCAUGUUGAAACCAUGAUCUGCUUCUAACUGGGCUCUCACAACACGAUCUGCUUUCCCUCUGCUAAUCAUGUCAGCUUCUGUUCAGCUCAAUUAACAAGUAGGUCUUGGAGUAAAUUUCCCUUUGUCUCUACCUCCCUUGUUGUGUGGUUUUUUUUUUUAAUUGUAUAUCUUUUUUCACCUUUUUUAUUUAUUUAUUUAUUUUUUUUAUUUUUUUGAGCUUCCUUGUUAUAACAACCUAGAGUAAAGUGUGAACUGGAAGCUGUGCCAUACUAAGCAGCAGGGGUAUGCGGGCCACAUGCUGUGAUAUAUUUACCUUUUCUGUCUAGACUUUUAGAAACCUUCCAUACCACAGAAUGCAGCCUUACAUCAUACAUUCCUUGUAAGGCAGGGUUGACAAAAGGAGGUAUACAUGUACCUGUAGUUACAAUCAUCACAGUGCUUUGCCAUCUUUUGAACAAGUGGAAGUCUUCCUCUUCGCCACAUCUGCCUCUUAAUUAAGAUUACAUAUACCUUUUAGUUCCUACUGGGAGAAUGACCCAUGCAUUUAUAAGAUUCUUAUUUCUCUCAAUUUGACUUUAACCUAUGGAUCCAUAUCACCAUUGGCUUUUUUUUUUUUUCUGCUCAUCAUUCAAACAAGUUUAUUUGUUUUUAUUAGGUCCGGGCUGAUAUUUUACCGAAAAGGAGUUAAAUCUGUUGAUAAGAAGACUGGAAAAGAAAUCCUCUACAACUUUGAAGAUAAAAUAAACUUCUCCGUGUUCCCUUCAAUCCAGGGUGGACCUCACAAUCAUGCAAUUGCUGCUGUUGCUGUGGCUUUAAAGCAGGUAAAGAGUUAAUUUAUCUGUGUUGACCUCAUUAAUUAGAGGGCAGCUUGUUUUGUAAAUGACGGUGUUCUUACUGUGGAAAUCUCUUGUUCUCCUAUGUAUUGAUGUGAGGGGCAUUUUUGUCACUUUAGUUUUUAUGACUAAAGGGAUACUCUAGCCACCAUGACUCCUGAUUUUAGAAGUGGUCAUGGUGGUAGCAGUCGGUAUGUUUCACAAAAAAGGGGGCGACGCAAUAAUUUUUUUUAUUUUUUUAAAAAAAAUUUUUUAGGCUAAGGUCAAUGUUUCUUUAAUCGUAGGGCAGUAGCACCUACCUUAAUUCACCCUCUCUUCCUUUAGUUGCAUACUGGGGAGAGAAAAUCACAACAUUUCUAUCCAGCAUGUCUACCGACCAAUGAGAAUAGAGGCAUGUCCUAUCUAGUGUAAGGAAUGGUCACAGCACAGACUGCACUGCGGCUAGAUCCAAUAUGUGCUCCUCUCCCUCACUCCCUGUAAUAUAUUCUCCUCCAGUCCCUACCAGCCAACCUCCCUACCCAAUGGUAACCACUUCCCUGCCAGCCAACCUCCCAACCCAUUGUUAACCCAUCCCCUGCCAGCCAGCCUCACUACCCAGUGUUAACCCCUGCCAGUCCCAGUAAGCAAACCUCACUAUCCAGUGUUAACCCCUUGCCCUCCAGCACAUAUCACAAAGCUCUAUGGGUAUUUGAGUUUCUCUUUAUAUUUAUUUAUAUUAAAUAUAUGAUACUUAGUGUGUGUGUGUUGUGGUUUGUAAGUUCUAGUGUUUGAAUGCGGAGGCCUCCGAGGAGGCUUGAUGGGGAAUAUGCAUUUUUUUGUUUACUUGUACAGUUCCUUUAAGUAAUGUCAGCAACUGUUCCCUGGCAGUAGAAAUUCAACUUUCUUUGGCUGACCCUAGCAUAUAUUUUUUUUCAUACUGCUCUGAGUUUAGAAGGCCUUAGACUUGGGUUUUUUUUUUUAUAUAAUUGCAUUUGGAUUAUUCAACACCGUGCAGUACUAAACAUUAAAGGAACACUAUAGUCCCCAAAACAACUUUAGCUUAAUGAAGCCAUUUUGGUGUGUAGAACAUGCCCCUGCAGCCUCACUGCUCUAUUCUCUGCCAUUUAGAAGUUAAAUCACUUUGUUUAUGAACCCUAGUCACAUCUCCCUACAUGUGACUUGCACAGCCUUCCUAAACAUUUCCUGUAAAGAGUCAUCUAAAGUCUAUCCUUUCUUUAUUGCAAGUUCUGAUUAAUUUAGAUUUUCUGAUCCCCUGCUAUGUUAAUAGCUUGCUCGACCCUGCAAGAGCCUCCUGUAUGUGAUUUAAAGUUCAAUUUACAGAGCAAGAGAUAAAAUUGUUUAAGGUAAAAAAUAAAAUUUCAUGAACACUGUGACCGUCACAGCCAGAGGAGGUGUGGCAAGGGCUGCAUAAACAAAAAAACAAAGUGAUUUAACUCCUAAAUGGCAGUGAAUUGAGCAGUAAAACCUGAUCUAUACACUAAAACCGCUUCAUUAAGCUAAAGUUGUUUAGGUGACUAUAGUGUUCCUUUAAUCAAGCAGAUCAAGUAAAAGAGAAACCUUAAAAUAUAUGCAGAAGUUGUCCUGCAUCCAUAUAUAGAAUGUUUGUUUUGUGUGUUUUUAAAUUCAUAUUGAUGCACAACAAUAUUGUUUUUUGUUUUUUUAAUGUAAUGUAAUUUGCACUUUCUGUUGCAGUAGCACUUUGUUUUACAGUAACACUCUUAAUUGUUAAAUGGAAUUCAUGUUUGUAUGUGGAGCACCUGAUGGCUGAUAACCUUAGAGAUAUGGUUCUUAUUGGAAACUAACUUUUUUUACCUGAUCAUUAUCUGGGUCACUGCCGAAAAAACUCAAAAUGUAAACCGUCCAUAGGAAAGCAUUUCUCAAUGCUCUCCUAUGGACGCUCUGCACGCUGGAUGUGAAAAUCGCAUCCAGCAUUGCAGAAGCGCCUCUAGUGGCUGUCAGGAAGACAGCCAAUAAGGUUGGAUUAACCCUGCUAUGUUGAAACUGCUAUGUUUACAUGUGAAGGGUUAAAACCGGAGGGACCUGGCACCCAGACCACUUCAUUGAGCUGAAGUGGUCUGGGUGACUAUAGUGUCCCUUUAAAGUUUUCUGUGUUUGGGAUUUUUUUGUUUUUUUUGUUUUGUGUGUUUUAAUAAAGUGUGAAUCUAGUUGAUAGCUGGCUCUGACAUAUAUUCACCCAUGUUAUAAUUCCGCUUUUUGGACUACACAUUUAACUAUUUUUAAUUAACUUCGAAUUCUUGACAAGUCUUUUAAUAUAUUGCCUUGUGUGGUUUAAAAAAAAAAAUAAAAAAAUAAAAACCUGAUGCAAUUACAAGAUUUUUAUAUUUAUACUAACGUGUGUGUAAGCUUUUCAGUUGCUUCAGUUAAGCUGCAUGUAUUGUAUUCGCAGGCCAGUUCACCUAUGUUCCGAGAUUAUGCCAUUCAGGUCUUAAAGAAUGCCAAAUCUAUGGCUACAGCUUUGUUAAAGAAGGGUUACACGAUUGUGUCUGGUAAAGUAUCAAUGUAUAAUCUGUAACAAUGAAUAAAUUAAGCUUUAAUAAGUAGAGGCGGUGUAUGUAGUAUCUGUCCAUAUAAAACUUGAUCCUACUAAUGUAUUUUUAUUUUAUUUUUAUUUUAAAUUUAAUUUUUUUUCCUUGAUUUUUUUUUUUUUUUUUGAUAAAGCACAGUGGGGAGGGGAAUGGCAAGAUGCUCAAGAUUCUUUCAUGGAAUAUAGGCUAAUUAAGGCCUCAGUGUAAUCGGUUUGGACUAUAUCCCAUUGUACAUUUAUAAUGGGAAAGCGUCCAGCUCAGUAACACACUCACUAACAAUCUGUUAUGUGAAAUUCCAAACCCAUUGUGUGAAGGGGAAAGUCCCAGACCUUGUUGCUUCUUUCUAAGAAAUACCAGAUUGUUGUUUCCAAAUCCUCACCGCGCUAUUGUGUUGGCAAGUCUAACCGGAUGAAUGUCUUAAUUAUGUAGAUAUUAAUCCUCCGAAGGGCUGACAAAGUUCAAACAUCGUCGUAAGCCCAAACGCAAAGUUGUCUUCCGUAGAAUAUUCCACCUGUUUCUAUCACCCUGCUCUAUGGCUCUUCCUGUUUUAUGUUGAAUUUUUACUAACUUGCUAAAAGCUAUAUAGAAAUUUUUGUUUUUCCCCUAGUUUGAGUAAUGUUAAUUUGUCAUGUCUCUUUACAGGAGGAACUGAUAACCACCUGGUUCUGGUAGAUCUAAGGCCUAAGGGCAUAGAUGGAGCACGAGCAGAGAGGGUGCUGGAACUUGUGUCCAUAACAGCUAACAAAAACACCUGCCCUGGCGAUAAAAGCGCCCUUACACCUGGUGGACUUCGACUGGGUAGGUAGAAUUCCCAGAAAGAAACAGAAGUGAUGAAGUCAUUCUAAAUAUCAUGUUUUGUUGUUUGUUUUGUUUUGUUUUUUGGCCUUUAUUUCCCAACCUUGUUAGUUCUAGAAUAGAAAGUCACAUGUCUGUGUUUACCUUUAAAACCAGCGUUCUAAUAUUACCCCAGCAUUACAAGAUCUGGUGACUUUACACUGACUGGCUGUCAAAAGCUUCCAAAUGGCUAUUAAUAUGCAGUAAGCUGAAGUGGGUUUUUUUUUUUUUUUUUUUAAUAAUAUUAUAGAUGUGUGGAAUAUAAUUCUCUCCUAAUCAAAUAUGGCAUUAGGAAUCUCAUUGAUCAUGUCAAAAUGUUGAACAUAAACAGCACUUAUUGCUUUGCAUCUCCCUGCUGUCCAUGCUUUCUCAGACUGUGAAUUCAUCAGCUGGGUAGUGGAGGCUGCUGAAGUAGGAGGCUGUGGAUACCUGUAUUUAUUGCUGUAAACUGGGAGCUGUCAAUGAAAUGCCCAUCACUGCAUUUUUGUGUAUUCCAUAAACAUUCUGGGAUUGGGGAACUUUCCUGAGCUUGGUUUUAUAUUGCUUUAGGAACUCCACACUGGGUCUGUUACUGUGUAGAUGGAUAGGAGAAAGGUAAGGUGCAGGCUUUAUGUUAAAGUAAAUCGAGCUCUAGUUAUUUUAAUACACGCAAAGAUUACAACUGAAAGUGUGAGUUAGCUGCAGUUUAUGCUUAAAUCCUAUUAUCAGCAAGCGGUAGUAUAGGGAAAUACCACACAGAAACAAAUACUCUGCACCCACACCAUGGAGCUUUUUUUUUUUUUAAAUUAUAUUCUACAUAUAUGUUGUGCAGAGUUCCUUGAUGUUAACCAGCAUUGUAAAUGUCUCUUGUCUGCCAGGUGCUCCUGCUUUAACAUCAAGAUGUUUCAAAGAAGCAGAUUUCGAAAAAGUAGUGGAUUUUAUUGAUGAAGGAAUCCAAAUUGGACUCUCUGUGAAGCAAAAGACAAGUAAGUUGUGAUCUUGUUUUAGAUGUUUGUAUCCUCAUUUGUAUGAAAUAAAAGCAUUUGCUUGUGUCCAUCUGCUUUGCCUGCUUUAUGAUGUUUUUACACGUUAUCCCAGGGAAAUCUUUGCAAACUCUUGUAUCAGAACUUUAUAGAUCAUUUAAAGUGGGUCUGUCAACAUCUCGGGGCUUUGUGUAAUUUGCAAAAUCCCCUAAUGGUGACAUCUCCUCUGCAAAGUGUAGUUCUUCUUACCUGAACCCUGCAAGCGCCACUAUUCUCUUCUGGUGGGUCAUCUAAUUGCAAGAAUCAAUGUUACUACUGUAUACCCACAUGCACACUAGAUUGAGGGCUAUUGAGGAUCCCGCAGUAUCCUCUAUAGACAGAGCCAAUUCUUUGAAGCCGUCAGGAUUGACACUUCUUGAUGGCAGUAGUUCCGCCCAGUGUCAAGAAGUGUCAGGCAUAUGAAAAAUCAAACCAGGUAGUCCCUUUUUGUCUUAUGUUUUUGGUUAGAAAUAUAACUAAAAAAAGAGACCGAAUAGAAAAGAGUAAGCGAUAGGAAAAAGGUAAGCAUUGCGUGACAUCGCGGCUUUAAGGCUGCAUUAAAAAAAAUCAUAUUUUCUGUCUUUCCAUACAUUAUCAUGGCCAAGAGGAUGCAACGAUGUGCUCUGUCCUAACAGGUUUACUUUAAUAUGAAUCCCCCCUUGAAAGCAUUCAAAACAGGGUUUAUUACAGAGAUAAUGUGUGCUGCGCUUCUGGAAUACCGACCUCUGGUGUACCCGCAGUUUGCUUUCAUUUUCUCCAAGCAGGGCAAACCUCCCUUGUAACACUGACAGGCUGGUUACAUUGCCAGGGCCUAAACCGUGUGAUGUCAGUCACUCCAUUCCUAUACUCCCUACCCAGUGCUAGCAUUUCCAGCUAGGGAGUAACCAUAGCAACCACAGUAUAGCUUUUAAACCAUUUUUUUUAUCAAAGCCAUACACGUGUAAGCAAUUCUGCUAAUACAAUGUAUACACAGAAUUCUAUGUGUUUUUAAAAUGAGCACGAGUGAUAUGAACCCUUUAAGCUCUGAAGAACAAAUGCUUGCAUGACAACCACACAAAACACAGCUCUUUGUGAGACCCCCCAAGCAAAGUACACAUUGCAAUUAAUGAAAAACACCCUAGCCAAGAUUGGGGUGCUCCCUAAUGAACACUGAUUGCUUUGGUGUGGUGGGACAUAGCAAACAAACACUAAUCACCCCAUUUAAGUAACAUUCUAUUGGUGAUGUAAAAACUUUUAGAAUUCAAGUCAAAUGGGGAAUAAGAACAUAGUCUUAUGGACCUGUGUAUUGUAGGAACAUGUUUAAAAUAAUAAUGCAUAUAAAUGAACAUAUUUAGUCUGGUAAUGGAUGCCGCAGUCUUUUAUGCUCUAAGAAGCCGUCUACAUCAGGGUACAUUUUGAAGAGUAACUAAAAUUGUAAAACGCAACAUUUUCUUUCUUUUAAGACCCUUUAAAAUCGCCCUCUGAAAUAUAAAAACGUACAAUUUAUUUCAAAUUUACAUAUUAAAAGAAUUUCAGUUAACAUUACUUAAUGAUCUCUGAGCUAACUCAGAUCAAAGCUCCGUAAGUUCUGUAGCAAAAUAAAUCAAGGCAACUGUAAUGAUAUUCUGCAUGAGACAGUUGCACCAAAAAUUAAAAGGAAUAGAAUCUGUCUGAAAAUUAUGUGGGCAUAAGGGGACACAAUACAUUACAUCUUAAUUUUUCAUUUAAUAUGCAAGUCUCUGUUAGCAAGAUUUAAAAUACAAUCCCAUUUUUGUGUGAACAAACUGUUCUGUGUAUAUUUACAGAAGAAAAUGGCCAGUAUAUAUUUUUAAUAUUCUUAAUUCAUGAUUAUGCUUAAAGGGAUACUCCAGGCACCCAGACCACUUCUGUCCAUUGGAGUGGUCUGGGUGCCAACUCCCACUACCCUUAACCUUGCAACUGUAAUUAUUGCAGUUUUCAUAAACUGCAAUAAUUACCUUGCAGGGUUAACUCCUCCUCUAGUGGCUGUCUAUUAGCCACUAAAGGGCACUUCCUGCUUCAUAGCACAGGUCUAUAGCUACAGCAUCGCUAAAAUCCCCAUAGGAUUUCCUAUGGAGAGGUCUAAUGCGCCUGCCGGCUGACGUGAUGAAGCGAGGAGCGUGAGCUGAGGAAGAAGCAGCAACGUGGGACAUGUCACUGAAGGGGUAUUUACCCCUUCAGCAACUGGGGAUGGGAGGUGGGAGAGGAGACCUGCAGAGCCAGGAAAACGGAUUGUUUUCCUGGCACUGGAGAGUCCCUUUAAGAAAAUUUCCCUAUUUUCCUGACAUAUGGUGGCAGUACAAUAGGGAUGUUCUCUUUCCUCGGGACAAGCAUCUGAAAUAAAUAAUUAACAUAAAAAGUACCUCCCCUUACCAAGUAUAAAGACCCAACCAGCCCAGGGACCUCAGUUCUCUUUCUUGUUCCAACAGGAACGGGCGGCAUCUGGAAUAUGGAUGGUGAGGCACAUGGGUUGCUGCCAGCGGGAUCCGGUCUGAUAGCCUCCAGGGUGGAGAGCUGAAUGGCCAGAAAACAUCCUGCAGAUUACGGAGCAGGUAUGUAAGCCUGCUUCUAUGCCGAGUGUAGUCACCGGCAAAGCAGGGAGGCGGUCUCUAGUGGCAGCAAAUCAAUGCCCGUUGGAGACGCAUGCACACGGCGGUGGAACGCACGCCCGGGUGGUUUUACGUUCCACCGAAGUUCGGACCGCGCUAUUGCGCAUGCGCGGUCUAAACUCCCCGAAAUGGCGCCAAAUUUCAAGCGGAUCUGCCUAUUUAUGCUGUGCAGAUCUUCCUGUCAGCAUGGAUGCUCAGCAGUGAAGGUCUACCGUGUCACCAGCCCCCCCACACGGGUCAGAGGUUUUAGAGUUAUGAUUCUUUAGACUCUCAUCUUUAAAACUUUUUUUUUUUUUUCUUCUACAAAAUGAUUUAUUGCUUAUGUAUUACAGAUAUGUGUAGUCCUGUCUCUACUGAUAAUAUGGAUAAAGACAAAGUGCCUACACCUGCUUCUAAAAAAGCCAGUUCCAAAACUAAACAUUUCUGUUGUAGUGAAUGCUCUACUCCUUUACCAGAUGGUUUUAAAAGGAAAGUCUGUAAUGUUUGCUCUUCCUUGACGCUAGAAAAAUCCAAGCAACAAGAGAUGAAAUCCUUUUUGUCUUGGUUUCAGGAUAAUCUGGCCCAGUCUUUUGAGUCUUUUAAAGAUCCUGCUCACACUACUCCUGUAAAAGCUACUAAACAGAAGUCUAAAAGGAAGAGAACACAGUCUGGUUCAGAACUAUCCUCGGGUGAAUGUUCUUUUUCUUAUUCAGAAUCCUCUAGCAACUCUUCUAUUUUGAGGUUGGAUUUCCUCAUGAGUUGAGAAAAUUUAUUAAAGAGGUUAAUGUUAUCCUUUCUGAUGAAACAUUAGAUAAAUACAAGGGUAAAACACUGCCAGUCCAACAAAAAAUGCUGGAUUUAAUAUUCAGAGAAUGGAAGAACCCUGAAAAAAGGGCUUUUGCCUCCAUACAUUUUAAAAGUAUUGUUAAAAUAGAGGAGGAAGAUAAAUGGGAAGAAUUGCUGGUGGUUGAUGUACAAGUGGCUCAAUUGUCUAAAAAAAACUACCAUACCUAUUGGUGAAGUUUCUGGUCUGAAAGACCCUAUGAAACUUCCAGCAAAAGGGCUUAUCAGGCUGCAGGUUUUCAGGCUAAAGCAGCAUUAGCCGGGACUUCUGUGGUGAGAGCUCAGAAUCUUUGGCUUAACACUUUGGAAGAUGGUCUGGGUGAUAACCAAGACACAGAUCUUUCCCUCCUGUUCUAGAAUUUAAGGUUGUCUAAUGAGUACCUUAUGGAUAUUGUCACAGCUUGGCUCGUGUCAUGGGUUUGACAUCUGUGGCCCGCAGGGCACUGUGGCUCAAAGCCUGGACAGCAGACACUGCAUCAAAAUCUGCCUUAUGUGAACUGCCUUUGGAGAAGAAAAAGUUGUUUGGUUCUCCUUUAGAAGAGUUAAUCCGACCUGUCGGAAACCAAGAAGGCCCUGCCUCAAGACAGGAAAUAUGCCUGGAAACCCAGGUAUAGAAAUUUCCAGUUCAAAAACCGUAGGGGUUUUCAAGAAAAACCCAGGUUUGUUCAUCAACAAAGAAAAAAUCCAAGAUUUGACACACACAAAGACCCUAAGUCUGACAGAAACAAACGUUUCUGACGCCAUCAGAGUGGGCGGAUGGUUGCAAGGUUUUGUUCACAGAUGGAGGGAGACCACUACAAAUCCAUGGAUUCUGAACCUGGUGCAAAAUGGAUACCGAAUAAAAUUCUUAGAUGUUCCAAGACCGUGGUUCCUUGUCUCCUCCUACCGGUUGAAGUUAAAAAACCAAGCUCUUUUUUUCUGCCACGGUCUCCCUAUUAAGAAAAGGUGUGGUUGAAAGGAUUCCAACUUCCCAUGUAUAUCAAGGCGUAUACUCCAGGUUGUUCCUAGUCCCAAAACCGGACAUGUCUUUUUGUCCAAUCUUGGAUAUAAAACCUGAACAAACUCCUUACUUACCAACAUUUCAGAAUGGAGACUAUAGCGUCUGUCACCCAUAUCCUUCGAAAAGGAGAAUUCAUGGCAUCUUUGGAUCUAAAGGAUGCCUACCUGCAUAUUCCUAUGGAUGUGAAAUCAAGAAAAUACUUGAGGUUUGCUAUAAGGAAAGAGGAAAAGGUCCAUCACUUCCAAUUCAAAGCCCUUCCAUUCGGGCUAGCUUCAGCAACCAGGAUUUUUACAAAGGUACUCACACCGGUCACAGCUUUUUUUUUAAGGAUGCAAGGAAUCACAGUAGUACCUUACUUGGACGACUGGUUAAUAAAGGCAGAUUCAAGAAGCGCUCUAGAGUCAGAUGUGGUCUAUAUGCUAGAGAUCCUGGAAGAACAUGGUUGGAUUAUCAACCUAGAAAAAUCACACCUUACCCCUACGAGGUCUAUCCUGUUUCUAGGGUUUUUGAUCAAGUCGGAGUCUCUGUCGGUUCAUCUGACGAGAAAAGAGAAAAAAUAUAAAGAUUUUAAUAAAAAAACCUUCUUCGGAUGUGAGAAUGUUCGGUGAGGAAAGCCAUGCAGGUUUUAGGUCAUCUGACCCCUACAAUUCCGGCAGUAAAAUGGGCCAGAGCGGAAUCAAGGCCCUUACAGUGGGAAAUAUUUGUCCAAUGGUCAAAGAAGGAAGAAGACUUGGCUGCUUUAAUGAAUAUAUCAGAUCAUACAAAAGAAAAGAUCUCUUGGUGGCUAGGGGAAAAAAAUUCAUUACAGAAGGCCUGUCUUUUCGUCAAAAAUCUUGGAUUGUGAUUUCUACAGACGCUCAAAUACAGGUUGGGGAGCUCACCUCCUGUAUCACUUAAGACAAGGUGUUUGGUCGAAAAAGGAAACAAAGGAAUCUUCAAAUUUCAGGGAGUUGUUGGCAGUUCUCUAUGCUCUUCAGCAGUUCAAGGAUAUCAUUAUAGGAAAAGCUGUAAAGAUCCAGUCGGAUAAUCAGACUAUAGUCUCCUACCUAAACAAACAAGGCGGUACAAGAGUAAAAAAAAAUUGUAUUUCCUUUGCUCAUGGAUUAUGUCCUGGGCUCAGUCAUCUAGACGACAUUUCCGCCAUUCACAUUCGAGGAGUAGACAACGUGGUAGCGGACGAUUUUAAGCAGAACGAGUGGUCUCUCAAUACAGAAUUUUUCGCUCAUCUGGUGAAGAGAUUCGAUCUGCCAGUCGUAGACCUUAUGGCAAGAAGAUCAAAUGCAAAAGUAAGAUCGUCUGCCUCCCUAAUCAAGGUAGACAAGCCGCUGGUAAUGGAUGGUCUUUAGACCCGGUGGGAGUUUCCCCUUGCUUACAUUUUUCACCCAGUGAGCCUUGUCCCAAGGAUUCUGCAAAAGGUAAAAUCAGAUCAAGCUCGUAUUCUGGCUAUAAUACCGUACUGGCCAAACCGCAGCUGGUUCACGGUUUUAAAGAAGAUGGCUUUAAAGUACUGGAUUCUCCCAGUAACACCGGAUCUUCUGGAAAACAAGGGAAUUCCAGUAGAAGUAUUGAACAUGUUCAGGUUGACGGCUUGGCUGCUGCACGGCUAAUUCUGCAUAAUAGGGGCAUUAAAGAGAGGUUUCACUUACUGUUAAAUUCUACCAGAAGCUCUACUUCUUCUGUCUACUUAAAAAUUUGGACGAGAUUUCUUCACUGGUGCAAAUCUCAUCAUUGCAUAGGAUCCUCUCCUUCUACUGAUACUAUCCUUCAUUUUUUGCAAGAUGGUGUUGCUCGAGGUUUUAGUCUGUCUACCCUCAAAGUCCAAGUUUCCACUCUGUCAUUUUUUGGUAAAAAAUUGGGCUUCUGAUCCUCUCAUUGGGAGAUUUUUUAUUUUUUUUUAUUUUUUUUUAAAGCUGUUAGACUCGUAAAGCAAAGAAAAUCUGUUUUACCUCUUGGGAUUUGUCUUUAGUUUUGAAAUCUCUGUGUACUGAGCCUUUCGAACCUUUUGAAGAAGCUUCAUUGAAGAAUCUGUCUCUGAAAACAGUGUUUUUGGUGGCCAUUACUUCGGCUAGGGGAUAGGGGAACUCCAGGUCCUUUCUUCCUCUCCUGCCUUUACAAAACUUCUUCCGGAUCAAGUGGUUAUGUACCCUAAGACUUCCUUUCUUCCGAAAGUCAUCUCCUCCAAGGUUAUAAACCAACCUAUUUUUCUUCCUUCCUUUAAUGGUCCAUCUAUGCCAGAUUGGAAAUUUGAUUGGAGCCAACUAGAUGUGGGUAGGUCUCUGAAAAUGUACUUGGACCGUUCCUCUACGUAUAGGAUGACUGAUCAUCUAUUUGUGAAUUUCUUUGGAAAAUUUAAAGGCCAAGUUGCCUCCAAGGCCACUUUAGCUAGAUGGCUGGUGGAUACUAUUAAAUUGGCUUAUUCUUCCUCGUAUCUACCUCUGCCUGCCUCCUUGAAAGCACUUUCUACUAGAGCCAUGGCUGCCUCUUGGGCCGAAAAAGCAUGUGCCUCUCUGGAAGAUAUAUGCAAGACGGCUACCUGGUCUUCUUUCAACACUUUUGUCAAACAUUACAGGCUAGACGUGUUCUCUGACUCUGAUUUUGGGCACAAGGUGUUACCAGCUGUUAUUGCCUAACUUCCCACCCUUAGUAUGGGAUCUCGAUAUAUCCCUAUUGUACUGCCACCAUAUGUCAGGAAAAACUGGAGUUUUACUGACUGUAAAUUCCUUUUUCCUUAAUAUGGUGGCAGUACAUCACUCCCUCCCUUUAUGUAUAUAUAUUAUAUUUGGGUGUUCUAUGGAUUCACUGAGGUGUUCUUGGUACGUACUGAGGUCCCUGGGCUUGUUGGGUCUCUUAUACCUGGUAAGGGGAGGUACUUUUUAUGUUAUUUAUUUCAGAUGUUUGUCCCAAGGGGAAGAGUACAUCCCUAUUGUACUGCCACCAUAUUAAGGAAAAAGGAAUUGAAGGUGAGUAAAAUUACAAUUUUUGGGAGGUAAGAGAGAAUUACAAAUUUAAGGCCUAAAUAUCUUAAAUUGGGGGGGAAAUGUGUUGAAUCAUCUGAUUUUGUCAAUUUUAGCCCAGUAUAAAACAAUCUUGUCAGUUCUCCAAAUUUCCAGUUUUACUGAUCUAGCCUCACAUGCUUCAAAACCAAGCUCUAUUUACCUUUUACAAUUUACACUAUUUAAAAUGUGGAUAUUUUAAAACCCAAACUAUUGGUAGUUUUAAUAAAUUAACUGUAAUUUCCAGCAAUCUCAAAAGCACUUUACUCUGUCAGAGGAUUGAUGGUUUUCCAUGUGUUUAUGUAUCAGCGUAAGAUCUAGAGAGCCUAAAUAUGCACAAGUAGUAUUUUUAGACAAGUGAAGAUUGUUACUGUAAUGUUUGUUUUGUUUAAUUUAGACAAGCUUCAAGAUUUUAAGAACUUUCUUCUCGAGGACCAACAAACUGUAAAACAAAUCGCAGACUUACGACAAAGAGUGGAAAAGUUUGCCAGGGCCUUCCCUAUGCCAGGAUUUGAGGAACGCUAGAUGGAAGAGAUGGUGGAAAGAAAGUUGAAACAAACAAUUUUGCUUGAAUAUGCAUUUUUUGUACAGCCUAGUUAAUUUUAGUUUUCUUUUUUUUGCCCCAUAACUUCUUCUAUUUUCUGCACUUUUCAGUUUGUGACCAACUCCCUUCCACUAUAGGAUUCCUAGCCAAUUGUACCAUACAAGAACCAUUAUAGAACUGAUUGAGUGAACAAGCUAUGACGGUGAUCUCCAUGGUCUUGUCUAGUGACUGUCAAUAAAAGCAAUAAAACAGUCUGGUUUUUUUUUCCCUUUUUUUUUUUCCUUUUUUCUUUUUUUUUUCUUAAAUUGCAUUAAUUGGUGCCAUACCAUAUAUAGUGCAGUUCUAUUUUACCAGUUUACCAUUGUCAAACGUUGAUUCUCUAUGGUUUGCUUUUUCAAUGUUAAAGGGAUACUCUGGG